UUCACGCCAAGCGGACGCGUAUCGGCAAGACAUGCCAGACGAUAUAUACACAAUAUAGUACCAUCCAUUUGCCCACAAAAGCCACAAGCAAACUAUAUACAAGACAGACAACAAUAAAGUGUGACAAAAGUUGAUUCCGCGAUUCGAGCAAAACGUUAUGUGAUAUGUGUUGAUUCCGGAAUUUUUCGCAUCUUGCGUUUUGAUUUUCCAGGUGGUUUUCCCCCGCGUGUGCGUGUGUUUGUGCGCAGGACAUAAAAGCUCUGUUUUUUGUUGAUAUACGCAGUCCUUGCAAGGCCAUCGAACAGCUGGCAGUUCCUCAACUCGCUUAGGCAGAAAAACCAAAACAAUUUUUAUAUAAGUAUUUUUUAAAUAUAUAUCAAAAACCCAAAAACAAAAAAACAUUUUGUGUAAUUUAUUAACAAACCAAAAAAGCUAUAUUUUGGCUGCUUUUCAAAGGCGGCUGUUAAUUUGUUAAUUGAACUCGAGCCGAAGAGAGACAGCUGAAAAAUAACAACAUGUCUUCCAUGGCUGCAUUUGAUCAGUUCAAAAUUGGACUCAAAAUGGUUGAUUUUAAGGUCCAACAACGUCGCUACAGGACCAGCGAAAAGACUAUCGUCAGCACCACCUACGGACCCAUCAAGGGCGUCAAGAGAAAGUCCAUCUAUGGCCAGUCGUACUUCAGUUUCGAGCGGAUCCCCUUCGCCAAGCCACCGGUGGGCGAGCUGCGCUACAAGGCACCACAGCCCCCAGAGAUCUGGACGGAGGUUAAGAGCUGCACCUCCCAGGGUCCGAAGCCUCUUCAGAAGCAUUUCGUCUUCGAGAUGACCGAUGGCUCCGAGGACUGCCUCUACCUCAAUGUCUACACAAAGAAUUUAUAUCCCACCAAACCAAUGCCUGUGAUGGUCUGGAUCUAUGGAGGUGGUUUUCAGUUUGGCGAGGCCUCCCGGGAGUGCUACAGUCCGGAUUACUUGUUGCGUGAGGAUGUGGUGGUUAUUUCUAUAAACUACAGAUUAGGACCACUAGGAUUCCUGUGCAUGGACGAUCCCGAGCUUGAUGUUCCCGGCAAUGCAGGUCUAAAGGAUCAAGUGCUGGCCCUACGGUGGGUCAAGGCUAACUGCUCCCGUUUUGGAGGAGAUUCCGCGAAUAUUACCAUUUUUGGAGAUAGUGCGGGAAGUGCCUCGGUCCACUACAUGAUGAUCACUGAGCAGACCCGUGGACUUUUCCACAAGGCCAUCUGCAUGUCGGGAAAUACACUUUCCCCCUGGGCAGUGACUCCCCAGAGAAAUUGGCCAUAUCGAUUGGCUGUGCAGGCGGGUUACACGGGUGAAAAUAACACCCGGGAUGUAUGGGAGUUCCUGAAUAAUGCCAAGGGAUCCGAUAUCAUCAAAGCCAAUGGCGAACUGUGCAUCGAUGAGGAGAAGAAGGAACGAAUUGGCUUCUCAUUUGGACCCGUGAUCGAACCAUAUGUAACCAGCCACUGUGUGGUACCCACGAAACCCAUCGAAAUGAUGCGAACUGCCUGGAGCAACAACAUCCCACUGAUCAUAGGAGGUGUUUCCAACGAGGGUCUACUGUUGUACUCCGAGACCAAGUCGAAUCCCAAGUGUCUAAACGAGUUGGAUGACUGCCGCUUCGUAGUGCCCAUCGAAUUGAACAUGGACAGGGAGAGUGCCCUGUGCCGGGAGUACGGGGAUCAGCUGAGGCAGUGCUACUACGGCGAUAAGACACCGAGUCUGGACACCCUGCAUGAAUACCUACAGAUGGUCUCCCACGAGUACUUCUGGUUCCCCAUCUACCGCACAGUAUUGUCCCGCCUGCAGUACGCCCGAAGUGCGCCGACGUACUUGUACCGCUUCGACUUCGACUCGAAGCACUUCAACCACCUACGCAUCCUGAGCUGCGGCAAGAAGGUGAGAGGCACCUGCCACGGCGACGACCUGUCCUAUUUGUUCUACAACUCUUUGGCGCGAAAGCUGAAGAACCACACGCGGGAGUACAAGUGCAUCGAAAAGCUAGUGGGACUGUGGACGCACUUUGCGGCCAGUGGAAACCCCAACUUCGAUCCGGAACAAGAGGACCUGUGGCAGCCCGUCGACCUGGCGGCCAUCGAGAAGCAUCAGCUUAAGUGCCUUAACAUAUCCGACGAGCUAAAGGUGAUCGAUGUGCCAGAUCUAAAGAAGCUAAUGGUCUGGGAGAGCUUCUUCCGUCGGGAUGAGUUGCUGUAAGGACCUGCAGGAAAUCCUCUAGACUAGAUCUGUAGCUUUACUAGUACAAGGGUGGGUCACAUUUGGAGGGUUUAACUUAUACUUGGUCUAAAAAUGCCACAAUUUUUGAAUCUUAUAUUUUGCUCUAAGAUAUUUUGUACGACCAAGUUUUAGGUUUUUUUAAAUUUAAGAUUAAAACCACCGUUUUGUGAGAACUUUUGGUAAAAACUUGCAAAAACCAAAAAGUUGUUCAAUAUUUUUGGCAUCCAUGUGAAAGUGAACCCACCCAAAACGAUUUAUGAUUCUAAAAGCUUUACGUUAGAGCCUCUGUUCGAAACAAUGCAAAGCGUAGCUUUAUCAAGAGAGUUUACUGUUGUUAAGUUUGUCAACGAGGAGAGUUCUAGGUGUGUUAAAGUUCAUCCGCUUCUAUCUAUAUCUUAUCGGAUCGAAUCUGUAGUCUAAGCAGGCUGUUUGUAUGUAGUUAUGAAUGAAACAAGUCGCAACCGAUGUACCUUCUAUGAGAAACUACCAAACCAACUAAACCAAACUAAUCAAGACAGCCAAGGAAUCUGAGCUAAGAACUUAUAUAUAUUUAACGUUCCUUUAAGUCUCGCUGAUAUCUUUAAAAAGCCAACUAAUAUCAAAUGUAUUUUAUACAAUUCAAUUUAUUCGAGAUCGUUUUAAGUCUUAAGCACAAACUUGAGUUAGGAGUUCCAUUCUGUUUUUCUUCUAUUCAAUUACAACUACGCACACAUUUACAACAAGGAAAUUUCCAUUUGUGUUUCAAAGGAGAUAUAUAUUCGUAUUUAUAUUUAACUGAGACAACUAGUUAACCGUAACCAAUUUAUUUAUAUUUGUAUUCUUAGCCUAAGUCUUUUUAGAUAUUUAGCCUUUUGUAUGCAUAGGUUGUUUUUGGUAAAAUGUUAUAUUUGAGGAAGCAAGCAGAGAACCUGUCCAAGUUUUACAUCAUUUUUAGAAUACUAAAAAAAUAAAACUAAACAAAAACUAUUUAUAUGGGGAGUCGUUUAUGAGUGUCCCCACGAUGAUAAGAUGGCUAAAAAUAGUUUGCCUAAGAAUUCUCUAUGUAUCCGAGUCUGUUGGAAAUACAAAUUUAUUGUCGAGAAGCUUCAAAGUCAUGUGAUGCAAAGAAACUAUGAAAUUUGAAAAUGUAUAAAUCCAUAUUUUAUGAAAAAAGAAAUAAACUCCUUUGUGAUUUGGAACAAAGAAAUAAAAAUA